ACGCCACUUCUUUGGGUCGUGCUCUCACUAGAGCUCCCGCCAGCCAGGCUUUUUGGGCGAACGCCGCUGUGGCCUUUUUGAGUUACCGGACUAAAUUCUCUGAUGGCCUUGGGAGGUCCCCGCGGUUGCUGCCAUGCCUGGCAAUAGUUGUGUCUGAUGCCUCGAUACUGUUGACGACACCCCCAAGAGAUUUCUCUUGGCUUCACUCCAUCACCGUAGUCAUGGCACUCCGUCAACCCAGAUGUACAUGUCUUGGCAUAUUUCGUGGAAGGAACGCUUCUACGCAGCAAACAUCCUAGACCCCUUCACUCAAAACGACUCUGGAGCUUCCCGCCAUGCGCAUUCAUGCGAAAGUUCGUCAAGACUGACUAUCAAGGCCCAUUCUCUUGGAGUCGCAACAGGCUCGCUGACCUUACGGCGGCCAAGGCACCCUGAUGUUCCCAUGUCUUACCUUCACCUUUCCCGCCCCUCACUACAGGCACAACGGACAACCCAUGGUCGAAGUGGCCACAAUCCACAGACGGACUGGGUAGCAAUCAGCCUCGCUUAUCCGUGUUCGCAAACAGAAUCGAGCGGACGGGUUACUUGCAUUGACCGGCAGUGGAUCCGGGCUGGGGGUGGCCAGCAUGGCAGUUUCGUCUACCGGCUUGCAUGUGCCGCAAGUCCAGUGCAUCACUCACUCAACGCAAACAUCGGGCCAGACACAGUCCGAAUAUCGCUCCUCCAGCAAGACUUACAUGUCGUGUACGUCGGAGGAUCCAUCUGCGCUGCGGCAUUUCCCAAUGGGCUUAGUCUGCUGCGGUACUAUGCCCUUCAGGUGUACAUGAGAGGUGUUCGGGUGAUAACCGUCGCUCCAUGCCCUGUAUUGUACACGAUGGAGAGGAGUAGUUAUAUCGUAGGUGAUUCCUUCUCCAUGGUCUUUCUCCAGCCUACCUUUCCACUUCCGGGCACUUAGUUUGUGGGUUGCCUGACACACGGCCGGAACUGAGCCUUGAGGAUAAUUGCGUUGUGUCACAGUCUACCCAUGACCACAACUUGGUGGGUCAGGUGGUCGAAUUGCCGAGAGGAAGGUGCUCAUGCGGAAAUCACCCACGACAGCCGGGCAUGGCGAGA